GCCCCCGCCCUGCUUGCCCCAAGCUGUCCGCCAGCGCACCGCCAUGGAGGAUCUGGAUGCCCUGCUCUCUGACCUGGAGACCACCACUUCACACAUGUCACGGUUAGGGGCUCCUAAAGAGCGCCCACCAGAGACACACACACCUCCCCCACCCUAUGGCCACCAGCCACAGACAGGAUCUGGAGAACCUUCCGGAACCUCUGGGGACAAGGACCAUCUAUACAGCACAGUAUGCAAGCCUCGGUCACCGAAACCUGUGGCCCCUGUGGCCCCUCCAUUCUCCUCUUCCAGCGGUGUCCUGGGCAAUGGGCUCUGUGAAUUAGAUCGUUUGCUUCAGGAACUUAAUGCCACUCAGUUCAACAUCACAGAUGAAAUAAUGUCUCAGUUCCCAUCUAGUAAGAUGGCUGAAGGGGAGGAGAAGGAGGACCAAGCUGAGGACAAGAACCCACCCAGUGUCCCUCCCAGCCCAUUGCCUGCCCCCUCAAAGCCUUCAGCCACCUCAGCCACUCUGGAGUUGGAUAGACUGAUGGCAUCACUCUCUGACUUCCGUGUCCAGAACCACCUUCCAGCCUCGGGGCCAUCUCAGCCACCGGCGGUGAGCGCCACCCAAGAGGGGAGCCCUUCUCCACCAGGACAGACUAGCAAGGGCAGUCUGGACACCAUGUUGGGCCUACUGCAGUCCGACCUCAGCCGCCGUGGGGUGCCCACUCAGGCCAAAGGCCUCUGUGGCUCCUGCAGUAAACCUAUCGCUGGGCAGGUGGUUACGGCUCUGGGCAGAGCCUGGCACCCCGAGCACUUCCUUUGCAGCGGUUGUUCCACAACUCUGGGAGGCAGCAGUUUCUUCGAGAAGGAUGGGGCUCCCUUUUGCCCCGAGUGCUACUUCGAGCGCUUCUCCCCACGUUGUGGCUUCUGCAACCAACCCAUUAGACACAAAAUGGUUACCGCCUUGGGCACCCACUGGCACCCAGAACAUUUCUGCUGCGUCAGCUGCGGGGAACCCUUCGGAGAAGAGGGUUUCCACGAGCGGGAGGGCCGCCCCUACUGCCGGCGGGACUUCCUGCAGCUGUUCGCCCCGCGCUGCCAGGGCUGCCAAGGCCCCAUAUUGGAUAACUACAUCUCGGCACUCAGCGCGCUCUGGCACCCAGACUGCUUCGUCUGCAGGGAGUGCCUCGCGCCCUUCUCCGGGGGCAGCUUUUUUGAGCACGAGGGUCGCCCGCUGUGUGAGAACCAUUUCCAUGCUCAGCGUGGUUCGCUGUGUGCCACCUGUGGCCUCCCAGUGACUGGUCGCUGUGUGUCUGCUCUGGGCCGCCGCUUCCAUCCGGAUCACUUCACCUGCACCUUCUGCCUGCGCCCACUCACCAAAGGCUCCUUCCAGGAGCGUGCCAGCAAGCCUUAUUGCCAGCCUUGCUUCCUGAAGCUCUUCGGCUGACCUCCUGUUGGAUCACGGAUCUCCAAAACUAAGCCUCCAAAAACCCAUUUGUGAAAAAGACUGAGUCCUCCAGAUCCCUAGCUCUGGAGUUACCCAGACAUCCCUUGCUCCUACCCCCAUUCCCAUCCCCGUUGUGGCCCAGCCACUGAACAGACAACCCCUAAGGUACUCUAGGUUUGUUGAGUUCAGAAAGGAAACCACACGCCUAAAACACCCACUAGCCUGGAAUGCAGACCUCACUUUGACCUGAUCCCGGUUCUUGUAAUUCCAACCAAUCAAAGGCCAGGAUGUCCCGAGUCCCCGCCC